AUGCCUCUUCAAUUUCAACGCAGCCUGCCUCUACUCCCCUCCUCCUCGACCCCCGAUGUCUCCUCGGCGAUGAACGAAAUUUUGAAAGAGUCCGAAUUGCCAGGCGCUCCCAGUCCCCUCCCAGCCACGCGCUCCCACGAGGAAUCCGUCCUCGACAAAAGUCUCCGCCUGGCCCUCUCCCUCCACUCCACCUCGCCUUCCUCUUUCUUCACCGAGGAAGAGAACCAUGCCCCGACCACCCCUUGCCCCUACCGGAAGAUUGGUGCCGGCGCCUGCGGUGCCAUCUUCGCCCAAGAGGGCAAAUCAGUCGUCGUCAAGCUUGCCAAGGACCCCAACAGCAAGGAGCUGUGGAAUGAUUUCCAGCAGCAUCGUAAAAUAUCACGCCUUCUUAACAGGGUGUACCAAGUUGAAGAAGUCCGGGUGCCCAAGUUGCUUGGAUUUGUGCCGCCCAAGAACACGGAGUUUUGGGAUGCGGAACCCGGCCUCACCAAAGCAGCAGAGAACAUCUGCACCGUUCCUACCCACGCCCUCAUUGCCGAGCGCAUCCUCCCCCUCCCCCGCAGCACCCGCCAUCUCCUCAUCGAAAAGUACUGCGCUCCCCGAGGCAAGCAGAAGGCCCUGGCCAACCCAGCCAAUAACGACUGCCUGGUGCGGGUCUACCUCGGCUCGACAAACGGCAAGAGCAGCAGCAUGUUCUUCUCCCUUCGGAACCUCAAGCUGCACCUCAACCAGCUCAUCGAGCUUAAUCUCGACAUUGAGGAACUUGCCCGUAGAAUGGGCAUUGCCCUUGCCGUGAUGCACUGGGGGGCGAAGACUGACGCCCGCGACGUCGAGUUUGUGUUGGGCAGCAGCUCAACCAAGAAAGCCACCCUCGAAGAUGACCUCGACAACAUCGAGGACGAUGCCGAGGCGCAGUACGUCGGUCCCUCCACCUACCGCGGCCUCGAAGACUUCUUCUGUCGGGAGACAGAGAUGUGGGUCCUGGACUUCAACCAGGUGAGGAACAUCACCUCCAAUGAUGCCGGGGUUGCUUUGGCCGUGGAAGCGGUCAAACUCAAUGACCCGUACUUUCCUAAGCCGCUCAAGGAAUCCGAGGCGGAGAAGCAGGCCUGGAAGGCAUUCACGGUCAGUUACCUCGAAAACUCGACGACCAUUCUGGAACAGGCCCUCGAGAACGAUAAGGAGUUGGGCGGCGAGAUCCUGGCGUUGCCUAGGAAGUUUGUACUGGGCAUUGUUGAGUUGGAGAAGGAGCGGAUGACCCGCCGUGAAGGCGCCAAUGCGUGA